AUGGAGAAAGUCCAGGGAGAAAUGGAGAUUGAGAGAUGGGAAAGGAGCGAAGAGCUGUCAGAUGCCGAGAGAAAGGUGAUUCAAGAGACCUGGAGCAGAGUGUACACGAACUGCGAGGAUGUUGGGGUCUCCAUACUGAUCAGGUUUUUUGUCAAAUUCCCAUCUGCCAAGCAGUACUUCAGUCAGUUCAAGCACAUGGAGGACCCCCUGGAGAUGGAGAGGACCCCGCAGCUGCGCAAGCAUGCCCGGCGGGUCAUGGGCGCUGUUAACACCGUAGUGGAGAACAUCAACGACUCCGAAAAGGUCUCGUCUGUUCUGGCCCUGGUGGGCAAGGCCCACGCCCUCAAGCACAAAGUGGAGCCUGUCUACUUCAAGUUCUUCACCGGUGUCAUGCUGGAGGUCAUCGCUGAAGAAUAUGCCAACGACUUCACCCCAGAGGUGCAGAGAGCCUGGACCAAGAUGAAGAGCCUCAUCUACACCCACGUGACUGCUGCGUACAAGGAGGUGGGCUGGGUGCAGUAUCCAAACUCCACCAUGUGAGCGGACACAGGGGCAGGGAGGGGCGGGGAGGGACGUGCAUCAAGACUUCACUUUGGUCUCCCCUCAAGAGCCUCACGAGCUGAGCAGCCUGGUAGGGUUAGCUCUGUAAUGGCAGAGGACAAAUUUGAUCUCCCUGUGGCAAAAAAAGUGGGUUGGGAGUGGCAGGGGGUGGGAAUGGGGAAUCAUUUCGCUCGGUGGCCCAGUCUUGUUCCAAAGGCCAGUAAAUUAUUGACCUCCCCAAACCCAGAGCCUGGCUUUGAUCUGAUCCCUGAGAAAUGCAUUGGCUCAAAGUCUGCGGUGAGCCAGAGACACACUGCCCGAAUUUACUGAAGAAUUAAAAGCCCAUCCUAACCCGCUACAGUCUGCAGUGCCCCCCGCCAUCCUGGGCUCCAUACCCAUGGGGUUUGUGAUUUAUCAGGGUCAUGUCCUGCUCUCCUGUCUGGUUUGCAAAGGAAACACAUAACUGUUGCAUUUUUAAAAGAAAAAGAACCCAGCUGGUAAGACUCCAGCCCGGAAUUCGUGUGGGAUGCAGAGAACCUCCCACUAAACUAUAAAUCCCUGGUACAGGAGCAGCCCAACCCCUCGCCCAUCCUCACCCCAUCCCGAGGCAGCAGAAUUUCAUUGGCACAGAAACCCUUCUCCACGGCCGUCUGUUGCCCGUAGUCCUGGGGGCUCAGCACACUUGCAAGGUGUGCUGCUGCAUUUUCAGAAGCAGUUCCGGCACCCCAGAGCAUGUCAUGGGAUGCCAUUUAUAGGGCUUGUAGCACAGCCUUGUGGGUAGAGAGUAUGCCUCCUGAGGCAAGGGGGAGGGGAGGAAAUUAGCACAGGAUCGGGGCCCUGCACUCAGAGAAGUGGCAGCAGCAAGAGAAUGGGCAGUAGGCAGCAGAUUGCUGCUGGCCAGGGAAACCCAGGCUCCGGGGAAAAGGGGAGGCACUGCGGAACCAGCCUGUCUCCCUUCAGCUCCCUCAGUCAUCCCAUAGGAGGAGUGGGAAGCUGGGACAGGCCCCUGAAUUGACUUAGCCAGUAGGUUCUACUCACAGUGGCCGUGACCCAGUGGCCAGGGAGCUCGCAACUGGCAUGUGUGCGUCUGCAGGAAGAAUGGGGGGUUUAGUGCACCCAAGCCCCGGCUACUCUUAGCACCCUCUGGUUGGGGGAAGGGGAAUUAUGCAAUGAGUAGGAAAGGGGUGAAAAGAUGAACUGAACAUAUUAAGGGUCAAUUCCUGAGUGUGAUGAAAAGUCUCUACUCACUGGAAAAAAAGCUUUGCUCCUUAGAGCAUACAUUUGCCCUCAGAGUGAAACUGGGUUCCUCCAUAUAAAGUGCCUGAUAAAAAUCACUGCAUGAAAGACACGGAUUCCGUCCUCGUCAGUAUCAUGAGCACCUGAUAAAUCCCCACAUUAAUUUAUAACAAAUGAUUCUCUCCAGCAUCCCCCUCUGGGAGAGAUACAUAGUUUAGCACAGUGGUUCUCAAACUUUAGCAACCUGAGGACCCCCAUUUUGAUUUAAACAUUUUCAUGGACCCCCAAGCUUCCCGCUCAGCCCCAGGCCUUGCCCCUACUCCACCCCUACCCCCAAGACCCCCCCCACCUCUUCCCACCCCAACUCUGCCCCUCCUCUUCCCCGCUUCUUUCCACCCCCUCCCCCAUGUGCACCCCGUCCCUGCUCCUCCCCCUCCCUCUGAGCACCUCCUGCACACCACUGAACAGCUGUUCUGCAGCGUGCAGGAGGCACUGGGAGGGAGGGGGAGGCAUUGAUCAGUGGGGCUGGCAGCCCUGGACAUGACUCACGGACCCCCAGGGGUCCAGUGACCCCAGUUUGAGAAACCCUGGUCUAGCAGCAGGAGCUCCUUCUGCAGCCUUGGACAAGUCCCUUACCUUCUCUGUCUCAGUUUCCCCACUUGUCAAAAGGGAUAGUAAUACCCCCCAUCCCAAUGCACAGGGGUGUUGGAGGGAUUAAUCAGUGCAUGUCUGUAAAGCAGUCUGGCGAUGAAAAGCCAAUCUGCUCAAAUAACUCUCAGAGAAGCUUGGCAUGUUUUUCAUCCAAUAAUUAUUUCCAAGUAGAUGUCUCCAGGAUACAUCCAGCUCGAGUGGUAAGUGCUACUGCUCAAAGCAAGGGGCAGGGCUCUUUUCCUCGGAGGCGCCCAUCUGCAGCAGACUAUCCACAAACCUCAGAUGUAGUCUGCACCUGGGGAGAGACCUGUUCUUAUUCUGCUCGGCAUGCGAGUCUCCAGUUAUAUUCCUCCCAGACAUUCUCUGAGGAGCCGACAAUGGUCAGUUCCUUGGGAGUGGGGCUGGGACUCUCCCCUUAUCAGGCACAUAAGAGGACCAAAAGCGUGGGGUAGGGCUGAGUGUGCUCCUUGUACCAUGAGUGCCACUCCUACCCCCUCUGCAGGAGCUCCCUCUUUCCAGCCGGUCCUAAGAAAGUGGCUGUUCUCACUAGGGCAACUCUGUUAUACGAUCUGUGCUGGCAGCGAGCCCAGGAGCUUUCCCCAUGGCCUAAAUCGAUAGUUACACCAGGGAUGGAUUUGGCCCCAUGCAGCCUCUAUACCAGGGGGCUGCACUGAGCAGGUCUGGAGCCAAAUGACAGUUUUAAGUAGUAACUGAAGUGAUGUCACUUCCCCAAAACUGCACCCAGUUUGUGGAUUAACUUUCCUUCCACCUCCCCUCAUUUUGUCACUCCUCCAGCUCCUCCAUUUGCCCCCCCCCCCCAUUGCGUCUUUCUCCCUUUCCUCUCCCUGUAUGACUUACAGGAUAAGUAAUGUAGUUGGGCCAAUAAGAGAUAUUACUUCACCCACCUUGUCUCUCUAACAUCCUGGGACUCACAUGGCUACAACAACACUGCAAACAGAGUGCCACAGAGCCUGCUACCACAUGGGACUUCCCUUGAAAAUGCCCUACCGGUUAUGUGGUGCUCACCCAGCACAGUACAUUGUUCUGCCUUUGUAAAUAGCCUGCUGCUACAUCAUACUUCUAUCGUAACUACCCUGCCCUUGGACGGUACUUACUCCACACACGUUCUGCCUUGUUCGUCCCAUGCAGACCAGCUAGUAGACAAGCGAGUCAGAGAGCAAGAGUCCUAUUGAGAUUGGAAGCUCUUUGGGGCAGGGACUGUCUUCUCCUGGACUGAGUACUGUUGAUGCGUAAUUCACAAUACUGAGUAAUAAAGAGCUGCUGGUGCAUGUUAUAGGCCAUGAAACUCAAUGAUGAAGUUUGACCAAACAGGCAUUUAUCGCUCUCUCACCAUUUUCCACCAACGAAGAAGAGAGUAAUUCUGCUGUGAGUUAAAUCCUUCCCCGUGUGCAUCGGCGGUGGCCAGGUCCCUUUCUGCGAGCGUGGCUGGUAGAGCACAAGUCUCUUCACCUCUCACAGGGAGGAGCAGGGUGGAAAGGAGCAGAAUGUUUUGUACGUGGGCCCUUGUUUAUUGCGUUUCUCUGUAACCUUCCCCACAGGUUUGGAAUUCCUUGGGAGACAGAGGGCUGGGGCAGGGGGGUCACGUAUGGAGGAAGCUGGGGGCCACACUUCCCUGUCGCGCACAGUUCUCUAAGCUGCUCGUCUGGACUUGGGUCCUUCAAAGUUCUGAGCCCUCUAGCCCCAAUCUGGCAGAGCACUUGAGCACCUGAUUCACUUUAAGCACGAGUGGGCCUGAUCCAGAUGUCAGGGGGCCUGGAGUGCUCAGCAUCUUGCAGGAUUGAGCCCUUGGUGCCUCUCUUCUUUCUCAGCAUCCCGCAGCUAUGAAAUGGCAAAUUCCAAUAAGAUUCCUAGUGAAUCUAACCUCAGCUGAGCUGAUCAGACACUAAAUCCUUCUUAGGCUCUGGGGCAGGGCCCGGCCCUCCAUUCCUGUCUUCUUGUACCAAUGGCUGUAACACCUCCGGUUUACACACACCAUCAUGUCAUUUAUUUGUGUCACCCACAACCACCACCCUUCACCGUCUGUGCAGCAGCUCUGCUAGCAGACACAUCCAAACCCCAUCCUCUUCUGCCAGAAGGAAGCGAUCUCUCCGCGCAGACCUCUCCCUUUACCCUGGGCCUACCCACCUUUCCCAUUCUCUCUCAUUCCCCCUUUGCCCUUCCUCCCCAUGUGCCUUUCUACUCUUCCGGCUAAUGGGUUAACUAGCUCUUUAGCGCCCCGCAGCUCAGACUGAUCUAGUAACCAGCCCCAGCUUCCCCGAACCAGGCCCUUCUCCGGGGAAACUAAUUGAGCAUACAGUGACCAGAGUGCUGGUUCAGCCGCUGGCUCUCAGCACUGUCAGACUCGUCUGAUCCCAGUGCCAUAAAGUUCUAGGUACUAUGGCUUGGAUUUAGUCCCGGGCUAUGCCGAGAUUUCGUAAAAGCCUAUAGAGAUGUCCUGGGAUUGACACAUCAGACCCAUGGCUCCACUUGCUGAAUGUUCCCCCUGGCAUUUUGAGCCAGUGUUUUCAUUAUGUGCAGUUUCUGAAGAGUCCAAGUGAAAAUUGUGGGAAUCAGAAAGAGGGUCUCUGCAGAUUUUUGGCGUUAUCCCCAACCCCAAGUUCAUCUCCUUUUCUUGUCUAAGGAAGAGGGAGAAUUUCUUAUGCAUGGGGAGAAUGGUAGCAAAAAAUUCCGAUCCCAGAUUUUGAUCAGAAUUGCCGAUAAAAAACAACAACAUUCUCUUAUCACCCACAGAUAGGUCUCUUUCAGCCUUCUCUCUCACUCGCGAAGAACCUGCACUGUCUCCUUGAGCCAACCUGAGACUAACCCAGGGUCCUUUAAAACGUAUAUAAAUGUAGUGCUGGUGGAAGGUACUGGACAGACAGUCCUGGAGACUGAAGUCCUCUGCUGUAUUUAUCUAUUGCGAAAGGACAGCACAGGGAGCAGCAAUGCAAACUUCCCUGCACCGUGCUCCCAGAGCACCGCCUUGACCUUGACUUGGAGGGACCGUCUUGAGCAGAGAGGCCAGUUCAGUCUCCAUCCUAGUCUCUCUGCUGAGAGCAUCAGUUCAAGAGUUUAAGGCCAGAAGAGAGCAUCAGAUCAUCUAGUCUGACCUCCAGUAUACCACAGGCCACUACACUUCCCCCAGUUACACCUGCACUGAACCCAAUAACUUGUGUUUGGCUAAAGCAUCUCUUCCAGAAAGGCAGCCAGUGUUAAUCUGAAGACAUCAAGAGCUGGCAAAUCCCCCAAUCCUCUUGGGAGCAAAGAUGGCUCAGGGUAUUCUAGGGCAUGGAGCCCUUUACCUUGAAGUCAACGGUUGAAAUCCCCACCAGCUUGGUGGAGACAGAGAGAAUUUUUUAAAGGCACAAAGGGCAUUUCAGCGCCCAAUCCUCAUUAAAAGUCAGUGGGAACCAGGCACCGAUUUCCUAUUGUGAACUUUGAAAAUCUCCCCCAGAAUUAUUAUCCUCUGAUUGUUAGACAAUGGCCUCUGUGGAAUACCUCAGUCUCAGUCCAGACUCUAGCAGACCGGUGUCCAUGAUGUCACACUACCCACCACUGGUCUAUCUUACCCCCAGCUGGCAGAAGAGAAACUCAGGAACAGAGGUCUGAGCCUGCUUAGGCUCUGCGCUGCUCUCCAAGCCGCGCACGGGGAGAGAGAACAGCUUUCUAGCUUCAGACAUGACAUGACUUAAGGGUAGCGAGAGGCCAAUUUUUUAUAUAUAUAAAAAAAUCCAAGCGGGUUGAAGAGAAUUAAGCCGAAUGAGGGAGUUUGUUCCAAGACUGAAUGGAAGGCAAGCCUGUGAUAAAUACAUUAACUCUCCCAGGGAAUGAUUUCUCCCCGGGUGGCAAGAAGCCAGACAUUCCUGACUUCACUCACUAGCAGCCAGAUUGAUUUAUUCUUUGAAAUAGCUCAAAAGGUUUUUUUCUUCAGUGCAAGAAAUGCUCUGGCCUCUCUGUAUUGGCUGCCCUAGGGCCAGGUUAGGGCAUGUCUAUACGUACAGCACUGCAGCUGGAUCAAUACAGCUUUGCUACUGCCUGGUGAGGACACUCUGUGCUGAUGGGAGAGCACUUUCUCGUGGGCACUAAAAACAACUACCCACAUCCGCGAGCGGCAUAAGCUAUGUCGGUGGGAGCAGCUCUCCCACCAACAUAGCACGGGGCACACGAACGCUUGGGUCGGUGUCGCUCAGGGGGGUGGAAGAUUCACGCCGCUGAGUGACACAAGUUUUGCUGACAUCGGUGUAGUGUAGAUACAGCCUUAGUAAGAAGCCCAAAAAGCAACACGCGCACAUGGCAGUCUUCCCACCCAAACACAGUAUAGGCAGCCUCUGCAUUUGCACAACUCAGGAGACUUGAGAGUAAGAGGGGCAGGGCUGCGAAUGAGUCCCUCCACAGGGUUUUCAUUAGGCACCUUCAUGAGCGCCCCUGCCUUUCCUGGCACUAAUGGGGGUAAAGAUAUUAAAUAGGAUUCUCUACCUUGUUCACUAGCCAGGUGUGGGGUGCAGAAAGAUCCCCAUUCAAGGUCACCCCACUCUGAUCCUACCAGCUAGGAAAUGGAUCCUGCCAGGGAUGUGUGCCAUGCCCACUGAAUUCUGUUAAACAGAGCUGGUUGCUUUCUCCUCCCAUCCUUUUCCCCUACAAUCACCUUUCUCCCUCUCUGCUGCCUAAGACACUGAGAACCCCACAAGACUUCUAGGAUCGCCCAGGAAAGGAAUGCGAGCCGACAUAACGUCCAGAUGUGGAGAGAGCAGCCCCUGGGCCAAGGCCCAGUUAAAACAAGAUAGAAAUGGAAACAUUAUGAACAAAUUUCUUUCCCGCCCCUCUUUUUUGAGCCCUGGAUUUUAGCCAAGGUUUGGGCUUAUAUAGAUCAUAGAUCAUUGCAGACUCUGGUGUAAACUAGCAUUUGUGAAACAUUAUAAAUCACCUGGCCUCUUUACGCAGCCAUUACUGUAGCACUCAAUCAUCCCCACUCUCCUGGAUUAGCUUCAUUCUGCACAUAUGGCUCUGCUCACUGGCUGCAGCACUAAUAGGGAACACCCAGCACAGGGGCCUUCAGACCUUUCAGGAAAGGUAGAGAUUUGACAACCAGGAACACAGAAUACAAAUUCGUCCAGGAAAGGAACAAAGGAUACUUUAAAAAUCAAAUAGCUAGAAGUAGGUCCACACCAGGCCACCAAAUCUGACCCAUCCCAGAGCACUGGAGAAGUUAGAGCCAGAUCUCAAACUCAAAAGUGGACCAUGUCAGGUCAUUGGGGCAGAACCCCCAGGUGUGGGAUGCUCUGGAUUCGUAUCCCCUUCUAGAGCUGAACUUUGUGAAUCAAACCCAUGCCUAGAAUGAACAUAGCCCCAUGAGUCGUUUUGCUUGGUGCCUCUCUCAUGGACAGUGCAGAGCUGCAACCACUCUGCUUUGCAGCUCUUUCCUCCAGAGCACAAAGGCAGAACGGAUACGUUAAGAGAUACCCUUCCAGACAGUGUGUGUCUAACCAUUAAUGGCCCUAGUAGAGGGUAUUUCCUGGGGAUAAAUGACCAGUUGGAUAGAAAUAACCAUCUGACCUGCCUACCCGUCUUUCCAGGUACUUGUCUGAUCUCUGUCACUAGAGUAUCUGAACCCCAGAUGGUCAUAAAUCCCCAGUGUGGAGGCUGUUAUAAGAUUAAAGGAUUUAAAAAAAAAACCCACAGGAACAUGGAUUUAUAAUUAGGGACAAUGCAGGGUCACUUGGAACGUAAGGGGCUUGAUUUAGAGAAUUAAUACCCUGUAUGUGCACAAACAUCUCAACAGCUAACAUCUGAAUGUCUAUUCAGCUGCUAGCCAUUUGUAUGAACUUCAGGGACGUGUUCCACCUGUCAGCUAAGUUUGCAGCUGGGUCAUUUCAUAGCUAGGACCAUAUUAAUUACAAAUGGGGAAAAAAAGCUGUUAAUUCAUUGAGUUUAUUCCCGUGCAAGGGCAAGGAUAAGUAUCUAACAGGUAAUUUCAGAUGUCGUCUACCUAGCCCCCAGGAGCGUAGCGUGGGUUAAUGCAUUAAUUUUUGCAAAGCCCUUUGCAAUCCUUGCCUGGAAGGUGUUCUAGAAGCAGAAACCGCGAUCAAUUAGCUCAUGUUAUCUAAGUGCUGUGCAGACAGUGGACCGGAUCCUCAGGUGAUGUAAAUCAGCAUAGCUUCACAUACUUCUACAGAGCAAUGCUGAUUUACAGCUGGCCCAUUAUGUGCUAGGUGUUGUUACAGUCUAUGAGUAAGGUGAGUUAGUAAAUAUGUGUUUUCAAUCAUUGUCUCCUUGAAGGAAUUACCCACCCCCAUCAGACCUUUUCUCUCCAUAAGACGUAAUGGACCAAAUUCCCCCUUGGUGUAAUUGGGUGCAACUCCAUUGACUUAAAUCCAGUCAGGGUCACUUACUCCAAGGCUAGAUUUGGAGCUAGGACUUUGGUCCUGACCCAACAGCCAUUGAAAUCAACAGAAAGACAGGUCAGUGGGCGUGAGCUUGGCUAUGAAAGGCCCGGAGGAUUGUGACUGUGGAGGUAUGGAAUUCAUUGCAAAAGUCUGGCAUGGGAGAUGGACAAAAGCCACAAGGUGCAAGCGCACAAUCAGUCUGGGGGCCUCGGUUUCUUGAUGGCCAACGGGAGACAACCAGGGCUGAUUUUCAAAGGCGCUGAGCACCCACAACUCCAGCUGAAGUCAAGUUAGGUAUUCGUGUGGUUCAAGCUGUCCCCGACCAGGAAACUGUGACACCCAGAAUAAGUGGACACUCAAAAAUGUUGGUAUUUUGUGUCCUGAGCAGAUUGUCUGUAGCGUCUGGAACUCAGCGCAGCAAUCACAUUAGAAAGACACAGCACAACUUGGCGUAUUUUUUUUAAGAUACAUUUUUCUUAAUACCAUCCAGCUGUGCACAGCUGCUGUCCCUGGAGGAUCCACCCAAUAAGCCAAAUCGCAGGCCACUCAAAUACAUGCAAACAAAAACAUGCUUAUUUUUACCAGCGCUGUAGGAAGUAGAAUGAAUGGGGCCGUGCCAGAGAAUAGACACAGAUAAAGUCAACACCCCCUCUCCACCCCCGAAACAGAACAGGGCUUGCUUAGAUCAGGAAAAUCUCAGCAGAGAAGAGACAAAACCAAGUUGAACUGGAAGGGAAAUAAUUCCUGAGCAAGACAGGAAUGAGAAAGGCUGUGAGGGAGAGCAGAAGGGAAGAACUGGUCUUGGCUCUGAAAGUGGUUUUCUCUUGCAUGCACAAACAUACGCGCACACACACAGCUGCUGCAUGUUCCCGACAGCUCUGUUUCGUAUCCCAAAUGGUCUCUUUUCACCACCAUCCAAAAUUUUGAAAUGGAGAUUCUCGGAAACUGGACUUCAUUUAUCUCCAGCUCCAUCUUCCCCUGCCCAGUGGAUGUGCAGUACAUUGCUUCUUGGCUUGUCUACAAACCGCCUGUUACGAAGGCAUGUUCCAAAGCAAAUGCAGGCUGAAUAUACUUCGGUUUGAAUUAAUGAGAAGUUGCCUAAGCCCACAUAAGUAGGGGUAGCAGAAUCUGGGCCUAUGGCAAAGAGUAUCUCACUCAGAUUAGUUUAUAGAAAUCUGGGAGGCUACUUGCACAAUAAGGUAUUAUUCAUUGUAAGGGUAGCCAAUUCAGGAUCUUACGGCCUGCUCCAAACCCCACAGACGUCAACAGAGAGGAUCCCAUUGAACUUGGGAUCAGGUCUACUUUGCAUCACAUCGUUCACACUAGGUUUUGAGUUAUAUAUCUAUCCAUUUCUGGUUCAAUGGCAGGCUGCUCCAUAGUGCAAUACCGCCUCAGCUGUCCCUUCCAUCUCAGCGAUACAGUUUUCUGCCCCACUUUUCAGUGGAAAGGCUUUGAUAAUCCUUUGAAGAACAGUUUCCCUCAUCUCCCUUCCUACACAGACAGACUAGAAAGGGCUUGUUUAGCCUCAUCUCUCCUCUCACGUGGGUUGCACAGCUGUUACUCUCUGUGCUUGCACUUCUGCCUUGGGCCUUCCAGCUGCCACCUCUAGUGCAGCCCCGGGUCCAUAUUUGGUAAGAGUCUGGUGCAGUUUGGCAUGUUUUCCUGCCCGGGGGCGGGGUGGGGGGGUAGAGUCUUUCAGGAUGGAGGCUCUGUACAGGGGGGUGCAGCAGUCUAGGUUGUUACUCUUUUUAACCUGUUCUCCCCAGUGGCUCCGGCAGAGUGGUUUGAGAUUUGGGGCUGGUGGUUAGGACACUGUUCCAGGGUGGAUGAGGUUCAGGCUCCUCUGAAGUGACUUUGGCGCAUUGAAAGUUUUUCCUUAGGACUCUGCCGUGGUGUAACCUUGACUCCAUAGAGUGAGCGUGCCCUGACUAACAAAACCCAGUACAUGAGUGAUAUGGGUAGAGAGGGUGGCUUAGCAGUCUAACCCUCAGGUUUGAAACUCCCCACCAUGUGCCCCACUCAAGGUACACACACCAGCCACGUGUUCCAGGGGUGCUGUGUCUAUGAUGCCCCUGUAUGUCCUAACUCAAUAGAGGCAGUUCAUGCUCCUUUUAUUAUCUCAAAACUGCCUCUGCCCCAUCUGCUGCACCGUACAAGCCCUGGCAAUGGCCUUCAGUUCUUCUCCUUCAUGCAUCAGUGUUGUUGCCAGAAAACUGAGCUGCCCAGCCUCAUCCCUCAUUAUGGGGCUAUUGAGGAAGGAAGCUAGAGGAGCAGAGAAUCCUCAACAGGGAUGGGUUCUGCACCAUGAGAGCAAUGAUCAAACACAACAGAUAGCCCGCAUAUGGAUGUCAUCUGUAUUUAUUUGUAGCCUAUAUACACACACAUUUUUUAUAGCUACAGAGGAGUUUCUGUAUGAAAGCUAAAUAGAAUACCUGCAUGCUAACUUCAGCAUUUAUACAUGCUAGUGGGAGAGCAUAGAGAUAUAUGAAUAUGUAGUACCCAUGUAGCAGAAGUAUAAAACAUUGUGGCUGACAUUUUUAAACCUCCCAAAACAAUUUGGGUACAAACAAGGGAGCAAGCAGUGCCCACUAUACAGGGUGGUAUCUCGCACAUGAAGUCCUGUCCUCUCCCAAUGGAGGCGAUACCACCCAUUCCUUUUGCACAGGCUGCCAAAGAACCUUCAGGGGGAGUCUAGUUCACGUCAGUGCAAACUGGGGACCUGGACAUGCAAGGUUUUGCAGCCUAUGGCUUAUCCCAGGAUGAAUGAUGAGGAUCUAGAAAUUAGGUGCCGGGGGAACAAAAAACAUGCUGCAUAGGAAGUGGACAAGGCAAAGGUCCCAUCUACCCGGUCUCCCCACCCUAUGAGAUUUGCUUUUGAAAACACAGAUUUCAGAGCCAACUAAGACCAGGACACCAAAUCCCUUAGGGAUCUUACAAAACUCUCAGCCCUACUCUACAGGCUAUACUCAAGGGCCAAAGCCUGCAGCUUACAAUAGCGAUAUGGCCACAUUCAGACUGUUACAGUAGAAUCCUGCUGUAGUUUGGUUUUUUUAUUUUUGGAUCAAGGAGAUCUUAGGUUCAUUGAAAUCUAUGGCGGCAUUCCCAUUGACUGAAAUGGGACCUGAAUUUCCCCUCCAGAGCAUGUCCUCCCUACUCACUGCUGUAGUGAAGCUGUGCGGUUGUGUUGGUAUCAGUGCAGGUGUUGGCAUGGUCAACACAGGCGAUGUCAGAAGAAGGUUGGAUGCUCAGACAAGAGAGUGCAAAAAAAAAGCUUCGACCAGCUUUAAAAAGAAAGCGUGGGAUAAAUAAGUGUGGGUCUGAAAUAUUUAACGACCUGUAACGAUACUAUUUUCCAUAGCUAAAGUUGUCUGUUAGUGUGUCCUUAGCUGGUCCCACAGUGACCUGCACUUGUGAACCCAUUUGGUCAGAUGUAAUUCUGUGUCUUCAGUGUUAAGAAUACUAUAAUGGGUACUGUUCAUGUACGUGUUAUCGGAGCUCAUGUGCUUUUUUUCUACAUGCCGUUUAGUGUACUAUGGAUGUAAUUUUUCUUUUUGUAGGUUUUUAGUAUGUUUGUAACAGGACAAAAUUGUGUCAUUAAACUGAACUUGUACCUUCCAUCGAUAAACCAAUCAAACCCAUUAUCCUCAA